AUCUCCGGUCGAGUCCGAAGCGCGAAAAGUACUCGACUGAUGAACCUGAUGCAUGGAGCUUCGACGAAGUUUUUAUCACACCAGCGUCCCCACCUUUCGAUCAUUUGUACAUAGUUUCUUCGGCUGAUAUUCUUCAUGGAUACCUUCACCAGAAUGUCUACUGGUGUCGCAAGACGAACACUUGGCAUCGGGUUGCUGCUGAUUGUAGUCGUCCUGUGGACGGCUUCGAAUUUCCUGGCUAGCACGAUAUUCGCCGACGAUACGUACUCCAAACCGUUCUUUGUGACUUAUAUCAACACCUCGUUUUUUAUGCUUCCUCUCUUUACGAUACUUCUUGGCCGGAUCUGGAGAUUAUGGCGUUCGGGAAAGCUCUCUCAGAUACACUCAUUUCAAAGUUUCUUGCGACACAUUGAUUCACAUGAUCCGGAUGCUGAAACAGUAGGGCGGGUCAAUGCUUACGAGCCCGUAGACCCUGAAACAUGGAACACAGCUACGUUGGAUUCGGAUGGGAAAGAAGAGGAGUCUUUCAAGCUGGGCUUGAGGGCGACUGCAAAGUUAAGCCUGCAAUUUUGCAUGUUAUGGUUCCUUGCAAAUUACUUUGCUUUGGCUUGCCUGCAAUACACGACUGUAGGCAGCACCACCAUUUUGACUUCUACCAGCGGUGUCUGGACCCUGAUUUUCGGCGCACUCAUUGGCGUUGAAAAGUUCACCAUCCGCAAACUCGCCGGCGUCGUCGCCUCCUUGGUGGGAAUUAUUCUGAUAUCCCGUGUUGAUCUAUCUGCCUCAGAAGCACCCCCUGCAGAUGAUGGCGGCGGUAGCAGGUUUCCGAACAAAAGCUCCACCGAGAUCGCCCUCGGUGAUGCUAUGGCCGGAUUCAGCGCAGUCAUGUACGGAGUGUAUACGAUUGUUUUAAAGAAGCAAGUCGGAGAUGAGUCCCGAGUGAACAUGCAGUUAUUCUUUGGUCUCGUUGGACUCAUUAAUAUGCUCCUCCUUUGGCCCGGUUUCAUUAUAAUGCAUUUCACUGGUAUUGAGACAUUUGCACUCCCUGACACAGGCACAGUUUGGACAAUCAUUUUGGUCAACUCCGUAUCCUCGCUCUUGUCAGACAUCUGUUGGGCCUACGCUAUGCUCUUGACGACUCCUCUUGUCGUCACCGUCGGUCUCUCACUGACCAUCCCGCUCUCCCUUGUGGGCCAGAUCUUCCUCCAAGGCAUAACGUCGAGCGCGCUGUAUUGGGUCGGCGCUGCGAUCGUGUUCCUGUCGUUCUUGGUCGUGAACCAUGAAAGUAAGGAGAAAAAUUCCGAGGAAGCGUCAACUGCAGACUAUGACGCCAUUCCCGGAGAAGAGACAGGGAGGUGA